GGCGGGGUCCUGGCGGGGGGAGGACAGGGUUGCGGCGGGCGGAACGGUGUCUCCUUCACUUCGCCCUCCAGCCGGGGUAGCUACCGCCCGACCCUGAGCGAGCCCAGCGGCCUCAGCUGCGAGCCGAGCGGCGGUAGCGGCCCCUCUCAGGAGACCACCAGAUCACCUCUUCCUGUGGCCUCGCCAUGGCGACCUACGGACAGAGCUGCGCGCGGCCAAUGUGUAUUCCUCCAUCGUAUGCUGACCUUGGCAAAGCUGCCAGAGAUAUUUUCAACAAAGGAUUUGGUUUUGGGUUGGUGAAACUGGAUGUGAAAACAAAGUCAUGCAGUGGUGUGGAAUUCUCAACGUCUGGUUCAUCUAAUACGGACACUGGUAAAGUUACUGGAACCUUGGAGACCAAAUAUAAAUGGUGUGAGUAUGGUCUGACUUUCACAGAAAAAUGGAACACUGAUAACACCCUGGGAACAGAAAUCGCAAUUGAAGACCAGAUUUGUCAAGGUUUGAAACUGACAUUUGAUACCACCUUUUCACCAAACACGGGAAAGAAAAGUGGUAAAAUCAAGUCUUCUUACAAGAGGGAGUGUAUAAACCUUGGUUGUGAUGUUGACUUUGAUUUUGCUGGACCUGCAAUCCAUGGUUCAGCUGUCUUUGGUUACGAGGGCUGGCUUGCUGGGUACCAGAUGACUUUUGACAGUGCCAAAUCAAAGCUGACAAGAAAUAACUUUGCAGUGGGCUACAGGACUGGGGACUUCCAACUACACACUAAUGUGAAUGAUGGGACAGAAUUUGGAGGGUCAAUUUAUCAAAAAGUAUGUGAAGAUCUUGACACUUCAGUAAACCUUGCUUGGACAUCAGGUACCAACAGCACUCGCUUUGGCAUUGCAGCCAAAUACCAGUUGGAUCCCACUGCUUCCAUUUCUGCAAAAGUCAACAACUCUAGUUUAAUUGGAGUGGGCUACACUCAGACUCUGAGGCCUGGUGUCAAGCUAACACUGUCUGCUCUGGUAGACGGGAAGAGCAUUAAUGCUGGAGGCCACAAACUUGGGCUUGCCCUGGAGUUGGAAGCUUAAUCCAGCUGAAAGAAACCUCUGGGAAUGGAUAUCAGAAGAUUUGGCCUUAAUAUAUUUCCAGUGUGACCAGCAGGCUUUUUUUCCCCCCCAAGAAGGCGAUCAAAACAGGAUGAUCUAAACAAGAGCUGUAUUUUAAAUAUUUAGACAGUUACUUGUUAGCUGGUUUCUAGUUGAAUUGGUUAUCUAUCUAGUUACCAAUGCUGCAGUCAUGCAGUCAUCUAUACAUUAUUUAAAUGUAUUUAACUGUUAAAUGCGCUACCCACCAAUAAUGAAAUAGACCUUUAUGAAAACUGUG